AUGGAGAUCGCAGUCUGGCCAUUACGGCCUUAUCGUUUUAUCGUUCUUAUUCAAAGGAUUCCAAACGGUGCAUUGGAGGACUAUGUAAGAGAUUCAGGUUUGAAGCAAUUUUUCUUCGAAUUACUCUUGGAAAGCACCCGGUCUUACUCGAUACGGAUGCUGCUACCAACGGUUUCAGAAGAGCCAACCAUCCUUAUUACGUCUGUUGCCAGCACAAAACAAUAUAUCGAGCAUGCUGGUUACGUAGACCAGGUAAGUUUACUGGCAAUUGAGGUUUUAUCACAAUUCUUGGCGCAAAAUGGAGUUCCUGCAUAUAGGAUUACAUUGGCAGAUCACAAUCAGCAAGCAUCAAGCUGGAAAUUAAUGACCUCUAACCAAGCUUUAGGGUCCUGA